AUGCUGGAACACGUCACAGAGCUGAAGAYAUUUAUUCCAGCUGAGAGACCGCCAGUGCCUCAGGCGACACUCGGAUGCUCCAGGCAGCUGAGGGUCCAUGUCUGCCUCGAGUGGACCCCCACCCACACCGUGCUGGCCUGUGGCCGACGCGAUCAGGGGAACCGGCUGCAGGACAGACCCCAAACGAGGCUGGGGAGCUGCACCCCCGCCCCGCUGUGCACCCGGCUGCGGGGCCGCUGCGUGCGAGGGCGGCAUGGGGCAUCCGCACACACCGACGGCGGGAGGGCGGCCGGCGGUGCCUCCCGGUGUCCCCCGGUACCCGUUCCGCGGGGCUGGCGUGGGGAGCGGGUAUCGCUGUGGGGCGGCGGUGCCGCUCCCUCCGCCGCGCUGCCCCCCGCCGCUCAGGCCACCGGCCGCGCCGCCGCCGCCCCCCGGGGGAGCUCCGCCGCCGCCCCCGAGCUGCCCCGCAACGGCGGCGCGGCGGCCGGCCGGCCCUCGCUGAGCAGCAGCGGCGAGUUCUACGAUCUCGCCUUCAAGGUGAUGCUGGUGGGCGACUCGGGGGUCGGCAAGACCUGCUUGCUGGUGCGCUUCAAGGACGGCGCCUUCCUUGCCGGCAGCUUCAUCUCCACGGUGGGAAUCGACUUCAGGAACAAGGUGCUGACGGUGGAUGGGGUGAAGGUGAAGCUGCAGAUCUGGGACACGGCCGGGCAGGAGCGCUUCCGCAGCGUCACCCACGCCUACUACCGGGAUGCCCACGCCCUGCUCCUGCUCUACGAUGUCACCAACAAAGCGUCCUUCGACAAUAUCCAGGCCUGGCUGACAGAGAUCCAUGAAUAUGCACAGCAGGAUGUGGUCCUCAUGUUGCUGGGAAACAAGGUGGAUUCAGCCCAGGACAGAGUGGUGAAAAGGGAAGAUGGAGAGAAACUUGCUAAGGAGUACGGAGUGCCCUUCAUGGAGACCAGUGCCAAAAGUGGCCUCAAUGUGGAAUUAGCGUUCACAGCCAUCGCAAAGGAGCUGAAGCACAGGUCCAUGAAGCUGCCCAACGAGCCCAAAUUCAAGCUCCAUGACUACGUGAAGAAGGAAGUGCGAGGCUCAGGCUGCUGCAGGUCCUAACAGGUGUUUGUACAGAGACUCAGGCCCGUGGGCAGUGUGUGCAUGUCUGUCUGUCGUGUCUGUGUCUGCCCCGAAGGCCAGCUGAGACCAGGGCAAAGGAGCAGCAGGAAAAGUUCUCUUGGAUUCUGCAGCCCCGUCUCACCCAUCAGCUCCAGCUCCCCUCGCUGGCAUUCCCACCUGGCUCGCAGGUGGGAGGUGGGUGUUUGGGAAGGGGCUGGGGUCUCCUUCUGUGCCUGCUCUGUGAGGCUGCUGUAACCUUCCUGAGAGCCAGGGUGUGAUGCAGGGGAACCAACACCUUCUCCCGGCCCAGGAGGAAAAAAGUCCUGAAUUCUUUCUGGGUAGGAGAAAGUCCUGAAUUCCCUUUUCUUUCCUUGUGUACCUGGAAUUCAGUUGUGAGAGUCCUGGCCUGGGGUGUGCAGGAAGGGUGUUUUAAGGCAGCCAAUUUUGUAGUUGUUUCUCCUGUCUGUCCAUCCCUGUGAGGUGGGAUACACUUCCACAAUGAGGGAUUCUGCUGUUCCUGCAAAGACAGAGCUUGGCUGUCUGUCCGAGUGAGCUCCUGCACACCUGGCUGUGUACAGAGAUUUCUCAAUGUUCAUCUCUUCAGGAAAGGCUCUGGUUCUCCCCCUUCUGCUGUUUCUAGUACUUUGAGAAGAAACCUAAUGUAUUGCAGCUUAUUCUAAAUACCUUCCUGUAAGUGUGAUGGUGUUUUCAGACUGCAACAAUGCUUUGAUAUCUUCAAAGUUCUCCUGGGCAGCUUUCUUUUCACCGCAGAGAGCUGGGGGGAAGCUGCAGGCAGUGAUUUUACAGGCUGCAGACUCCUGCCAGCUCUCUUCAAGGGCCUCCUCACCCCUUUGGUCUGUGUCAGGCUUUUGGCUGUUUUUUUGUCAAGCUGCACUUCUAAGUACAAAUUUGAAUCUCGAUGAAGUGUUUGGCCUUUGGCAAUUUUUCCCUUUGAAAACUCCACGCACACAUCAGCAGGUGCCUGCCGCACUGAGCCUUGGUGGCCUCUUCAAAUGAAAUAAARUAACCCAUCCUUUGCCCUCCAGCCAGUGCCAGCCCCCUCAGCAGCUGACUCAGAUGCCCCCACCCCUCAUUUUGGCUCAAGCACCACCUUCCUGACCGGCAUAAGGAGCCUUUGCAGCUCCUGUGUGCUCUGAGCUUCACUCCUUAGGGAGCUACAGCUUCACAGUGUGAAAAAAGGAUCUUAAAAUGGACCAAUUUUUUUCCCUAAAUAGUAUUUUAGGGAGAGAAAAGUAUUAAACUUGUCUGAUUUAAAUUUUAAAAUCACUUGUGGAAAACCCAUUCCUGCAAGAGCAUUUGCAUUCCUGGCAAACCCUGCUGCCAGUCCCUUAGGAGCAGCCAGKUGAGCUCUGUGAUGGGGGGGCUGUCAGGGGCUCCCUCAUCCCAGUAAUUUGGUUUUGUGUGGGGUAGGAUCAGCCUGGCAGAGGCCAGGAACARCUCUGCCCUUGGAGCAGCAACAGCCCCAUCCCAAGGUGACAAGAAAUGUCCCUAAAAGCAAAACUUAGGAUUCGUAAUGGGUUAGGAUUCCUAAUUCCAGGUUGCUGCCUUCCCUCUCCCUCACAGACUGGCAUCUGUCUGGGAGACAAAGCUGACAACCGGUCCCUUCCUACUCAGUGUGGGUCCAAAACCAGCUAAAACUUUAAAUGAGGAAGAUGUAAAUGUUUCCCUUUGGAGCACAACUCUGCUACAGCAGAGACCUCACAGCCAUGUUUGUGGUUUAGACCCAAACUGAGCAGGCUCAGCCCCUCUCCCCCACGCACCAGUUCCCAAUGUGGAACUGUUUUCCCAGUGCCUGCAGUGGCCUGGCCCCAAAGCCCCUCCUCAUGGUCAUUUGGGAUUUUUCCAUGGGCCUUUGCUGCCACCACGUGGAAUUGCUCAGUGCAGCGUUAAUUAUUCGAGUUAAUUGYUCAGUGCAUCCAGCCAUGUGCAAGGACUCGGCCUCACCUGCAACAUCCCAUUUCCGCUGGCUCUUGUUUACAGCUUUUGGUUCAUUCCUGUUAAUAAAAUUUUUUAAUAAUC